AGCUAAUAAUUUACAUGUAUGUAUUCAAUUCCAGUAACUGAAAUCUAAGGAAUGAAAUCGAAAUUGAACCCAUUCAGUGUUAAAGCUCGAAAAUGAUUAGACAUUGAAUGAAAAAGUUUUAACAAAUCUUAAGUAGGUCAAAAAUCAUUCACUUUUAUUUAUAUACAUGUUUAUUUAUAUACAGUUAUAUACAUGUAAAAGAUGUCGAAUUUUUCAUCUGUUGUUGGUUAAAUUGGAAUUAAAUUUUGAACCAGGUAUGAAAUACUUUGCAAUGGACAAGAAUGCAGCUGUUCAAUCGAGUAGAUUAAUUUAAUUUGUUAUAAUACUUCUUUCUCGUAUUCUCAUUUGUGUGGUUAUAAUUCGUUCUAUUUUCGAAGAAACUAGGCGACAGGCUACGCAAUUCUAUCUUUCAUUGCUUUAAAGGGUUCUGGCUUUUAGUAACAACGACGAUAGCUUUACGACCUUCACUAACCUUCCCUAUAGUCGUAUCCGAGUGUCAUCAUCAGGCUGUGGCACGGUAUGUUGUGUCUCGCUUGCACGAAUAGGCUUUACUAGAAUACUUUAAUAGAAUACUCUGAACGUAAACUAUUUGAUACUUAAACUAUACUUAACGAUACCAUGAAUAUUAUAAAUAAAUAAAUACUUUUCUUAUCUAAGAAUAGAUUAUCUGAAUCAACAGGUGAAAGUUAUGUUCAUGAGUAUAUACAUAUAUAUGAAAGCAUGUAAAAUUAUAUAAUUUUGUUUUUUCUAAGGGUGACUCCAGUUGUAUAAGUCAAGCUUUGUUAUUUCCCAAAUCAAUUUUUUGAGAACUUUUCAUGAUGUAAAUGUUUAUAUAAGCAUAAAUAAUAUUGUUAACUAUGACAUAAAGUGACUACAGCUUUAAAAUCAACAAGUAUUAACCCUUUGCACUCGAGGCCUUUUUCUCUGAGGCGAACUAGCAACUCCAAACCAUUUCGGCUAUAUUAGGGAAGCGUUUUACUAGUACUUUAUAAUGAUCUUAAAUUCAAGCAAACGUAUACAAAUAAUAAAAUUUAUAAAACAUACAACAUAUAAAACACAAUCUGUUAAAUAUUUUACGUUGUAUUUGAUUUUUGCAUGAUAUUUUACAAAACAAUCCCCGAGAUGGAUUCUCAGUUUGUUAGGGCAUGUAUCAUAAUAAUAUGAGGUUUCUCGCCUGGCGCCAGGUUUAUUACAGCCAUAGCAAAUCUUACAGUCCCUCUUUAUCACUUUCAAAACAAUAUGAAGUUUUCCAUUUAGCCGAGACUCAUCGCUGUUUGGUCUCGCCGCUUGAUCGCGAUGCUGGCGAUACGGUUCUCCCAAUUCUUCCACAAGCGUUUCUACAUACAUAACCUAAAUGGUUUAGUGGUCUUUCCUUUCUUUUCUUUUUUUCUUGCUUAGAAAUGGUGUACAAAUUUGUCAAACAUCUUAUCGCGCAUCGAAAACAAACAUAACGAGUUAAAGAAGGCCUGGGCGCCGCUACGACGCCCGUAGAGUGGACGCGCAAUACUGCCCGGGCGCCGCGCGCCGUAGCGGCGCCGCUCGAGUGCAAAGGGUUAACAACAGAGCUUUUAGGUUAGACAAAUAAACAUUUACACAAAGUUUCGUCAAAAAGUAGAUUUUGGUUUGUAAAUCGUUUCAAGCUUCUCCAAACGUGUGGGUAUAUUAAUGGGACUUAACUAAUCACCAUGUGGGUAUUAAUUACAGGUGUACCAUCGCCGUUUUAUGGUACUUAUCGGGACCAAAAUGUCGGCGAAAGGACGAUCGAUAGUCCACCAAAGUAUGUUGCGCUCAGGGACCUGUUCCUGCCACCAGAAAACGAUUUCAAACAAAGUUACACGAAUCGUCAACAGUGGCACGAUCCAUCGUUUGAGUAUAGUCUGUACUCGGAUCGCAGUUACGCAGGUGGCAGCUAUUUGGACGAGCAAAACGCGACGGAAGAAUGCGUCGAGAUAACAGACAGAAAUCCGAUAUCACGACGGCUCGAGUAUUCCGAUUUCGAAACGAACGGUUCGUUUCGCGAUGCUAGUGAUUUUUGCUUCAAUCGCGAAUACGCCGUGUGGACUCCGUCGAAGGUGAAGUCAGGAGACAGCGGUAAGUGUUCUUUCAAACCUAUCAUGACAUUUCGCAAAAACUUUCAUUUAAGGAUAAGAAUAAGAGGCAAGCAAUUGUCUGUUACUGGUAAAAUAAAAAUUAGAAUUUCAAUUAUAAAAUAAAAUAUUUGAGAAUGAGCGAGUAGGAAAUCAAUUGUUUCAUUGCAUUAUCGUUGCAAAUAAAGUACUGUAUUAUCGAUAUCUGUCGUUUAAAUAAAUGUUUGAUCAUCUCUGACUCUGUGUAUGUAUUUCGUACAUGUAUUGUCUUAAA